UGAUCGUUUGUCGCUAUGUUGCUUCAGGGUUUUGCUAUACCUAAGGAAUCUCAAAAGAAAGUUGUGGAUUUUACUUUCAAUGGAGAGCCAGCUAAGAUUAAACAUGGAGAUGUUGUCAUAGCGGCAAUUACCAGUUGCACGAACACUUCAAAUCCUAGUGUGAUGCUUGGAGCUGCUCUGGUUGCAAAGAAAGCUUGUGAAUUGGGUCUUGAGGUGAAACCAUGGAUAAAGACGAGCCUAGCUCCAGGCUCUGGAGUAGUCACAAAGUACUUGGAAAAAAGUGGUUUACAGAAAUACCUAAAUCAGCUAGGAUUCCACAUCGUUGGAUAUGGUUGUACAACCUGUAUAGGAAAUUCUGGAGACUUAGAUGAAUCAAUAGCUUCUGCUAUUUCUCAGAAUGAUAUUGUUGCUGCUGCCGUGUUGUCUGGGAAUAGAAAUUUUGAGGGACGUGUACAUCCUCUUACCAGGGCUAACUAUCUCGCCUCUCCUCCCCUUGUGGUAGCAUAUGCUCUUGCCGGCACGGUUGACAUUGAUUUUGACAAAGAGGCCAUUGGGACUUCAAAAGACGGGAAAAAGGUGUACUUCAAUGACAUCUGGCCAUCCAAUGAAGAAAUUGCAAAUGUUGUGCAAUCAAGUGUUCUUCCAGACAUGUUUAAAUCGACAUACAAAGCAAUCACAUCGGGAAAUCCCAUGUGGAAUCAACUACAGGUGUCGCCCAGCACUCUCUACCCAUGGGAUCCCUUAUCGACGUACAUUCAUGAGCCUCCAUACUUCAAGGACAUGACAAUGUCCCCCCCUGGCCCCCAUCCUGUGAAGGAUGCCUACUGUCUCCUAAGCUUCGGUGAUAGCAUCACAACCGACCAUAUUUCCCCUGCUGGAAGUAUUCAUAAGGACAGCCCUGCUGCCAAGUACUUGAUGGAGCGUGGCGUAGAAAGGAAAGAUUUCAACUCCUACGGCAGUCGCCGUGGAAACGAUGAGGUGAUGGUGCGGGGAACAUUUGCCAACAUUCGCCUCGUCAAUAAGCUCUUGAAAGGUGAAGUUGGGCCUAAAACAAUUCACAUUCCCUCGGGAGAGAAAUGCUCUGUUUUUGAUGCUGCAAUGCAAUAUAGAAGCGCUGGUCAUGAUACAAUCAUCUUGGCUGGCGCAGAAUAUGGGAGCGGGAGUUCGCGUGAUUGGGCUGCAAAGGGACCGAUGCUUCUGGGUGUCAAAGCUGUAAUUGCCAAGAGCUUUGAGAGAAUCCACCGCAGCAAUCUUGUAGGAAUGGGUAUUGUUCCCCUAUGUUUCAAGUCUGGCGAAGAUGCAGAGACCCUUGGGUUAACCGGCCAUGAACGCUUCACUAUUCACCUCCCAGCCACUGCUAGUGAAAUCAAACCUGGUCAGGAUGUCACUGUUACAACGGAUAAUGGAAAAACCUUCACCUGCACUGUUCGCUUUGACACAGAGGUCGAAUUAACGUACUAUAACCAUGGUGGAAUCUUGCCAUUUGUCAUCAGAAAUCUGAUUGGUGCUAAUUAGCAGUUUUGAUGGAAAGAGCUAAUUGUUAUGCCUGAUCAAAGCCACCCUGUUCAAUUAUUUCUCUUGGGUGUUCUUGAGUUAUGCACCCAGGAAAAUAAGAAGAUACAUAGUAGAGGAGAUGCUAGGCUGAGUUAGUUUGCCGCGAUCUAUUUAAUUUAGGCUUUGUUUGGGACGACUUGCUUUCUACUUCUUAAAGCAGCUUUUUAGCAAAAAAAUUAAAAAUUUUGUACUAUAAAGCUGCUUUAAAAAGCAGUAAAAAAGACGUCCCAAACGAAACCUUAGAGAAAACAAAUGACUUUAGGGCAUUCUGGAAACUACAAAUUUUGAAAAAGGCAUAUCAUAGCACAGCAUAUCUGGUUGCAAAUUUGGGCAUUUUGUUGCUUCAUACAUAGAAUGAAGUAUUUUCUGGAAAAUGAGAAUUUUAGUUUAUUUUUACAUA